AUGAACUACAGCAUAGUAAUAGAGGUACAAGGCCGGGACAGUGUUAGAGAGGCACACAGGAGCUUUACCCUAGAGGCACAGCAGGUACUGGAAGACCAGCAGGACGACGCCGAGCCGCCCGAGGAGACGCUUUCGAUAGUGAACAUGAGGCUUAAAGACGAUAAGAUUGUGUCGCGGUGGAUGGGCCACGGGACCAUCCGGCUCUUCAAGUGCAAAGAGCCGGGUGCCACGGCUCCGUUUGAGUCCGAGGAAGACCUUUUACGCGUGCCGGGAGAUAACACCAUGUGCAGCAUAUUGUUUGUGCCCGGCUACCUGAACUGCGGAGAGCUUUUGCACUGGUUCCUGGGCCCGACCGUCCUCAAGCAGGUGUCGCACUUCAGACUUGUGCGGCUUCACGAUCGGCAGGGCGAGUACAUGGUGCUGAUCAAGUUCCGCAAGCCGCAGGACGCAAAGCGCUUCCAGUCUGAAUACAAUGGCAAGCGCUUCAACUCGCUGGACGGGACGACUUGCCACGUUGUGUACGUGAAGGAGAUUAUAUUCAAGGACACCCUCUUCCCAGAUCCCAACAAAGACUUCCCAUACUUGCUGCGGGACCCGUUUACUAACGGAUCGGGGAUGGUUGAACUGCCCACCUGUCCUGUGUGUCUCGAGCGCAUGGAUAGCGAUACCACCGGACUCAUUACGACGGCGUGCCAGCAUACGUUCCAUUGCCAGUGUCUGGAUAAGUGGAAGGACGGUCGCUGCCCCGUCUGCCGCUACUCGAAUGCGCGUGAAUGCGAGGACGGGGCAAACCAGUCUCACUGUGAUGUGUGUGGAAGUAGCGAGAACCUCUGGGUGUGCCUGAUCUGUGGGCAUAUGGGCUGCGGCCGCUACAAUUCCAAACACGCCAUCCAGCACUACGAGAGCAGCUCGCACUGUUUUGCGAUGGACAUCGCCACCAAACGUGUGUGGGACUACGCAGGCGAUAACUAUGUUCAUCGCCUCGUCCAGAACGAAGUCGACGGCAAGCUGGUGGAGAUUGGCGGUAUUACCAGCAAGCGAACCCAGGAAUACCACCUGGAGUAUGUCCAGGUUCUGAUUUCGCAGCUAGAGUCCCAGCGUGAAUACUACGAGGCUAAGCUUGAGGCAGCGACCCCUGAGCCUUUACCCGACCUGACCGAAAAGUUCGAGCAGCUCAGACUCGAAGCCGGCCAGAGGUCUAAAAAACAGGAGCAGGCCAUUGCAGAUCUGUCUCACCAACUCCAGGAGGAACGCCUAAUGAAUACCGGGCUACGGGAAAACCUCGAACAUCUAUCUUCUGAGCUCGAUAGUCUACGAAAUCGGCACACUAGCCUAAUUGCCGAGAAUGAAGAGCUCCAGGGAACCGUUAAAGAUCUGAUGUUCCAUCUUCAAUCAGGACAAAUGUUACGGGAUGUCCCUGACGCCACAGAAGGUAGCCUGGUGGUCCAGACAGAAAAAGAGCCUACACCAAAGAAGAAACAUAACAAGAAAAAGCCUCCGCAUCGUUUUGGUAAAUCAUAA